GUGGUGUUGUGUGUGUGUUUAGUAUAUUCAGAGGCGACGGGACUCUUCCAAUAUGUCAGUCAGCCUCUUGCCAGCAGUAUCACUAGAGGAGCGGUCGUGUCCAGAAGAAUAUCGCGGACAGCCUCCGAUGACGUAGCCCCCCGGACGCGAGAUUCAUUUUUUUUUCUCUUCUUCUUCGGUUAUGUGUGCGCGUGUUUUGGUGUCGUGCGAGAGUGCGGGCAAAUUUGGUGAAGAAUUAUUUUUUUCAAAAAAACGAACCCGACACGGUGGAUUAGUAUUUUUAACGAACGUCUGGAAAGUGUCGUUCGCGAUUUACGGCGGCGGGGAGCCGCCCCGCGUGGAACGCGGCGGGGAAACUAAGCAGACAGGUCUUAAGAUAAUGGACAAUUCCUUGCCGUUUUCUUCGAAAAUUUGCCCCAAUGACAGGACCGAUCUUGGGAUAUAAGAUUUUCCGAGCGAACGCUAUAAGGUUUAAGCCGACGUGUCGCCGCGCAGGAGGGGGCGUUGUUGUCGCGAUGACCCACCGGCGCCGCCGCUGCUUCGCGGACUGAGAAACGGGCCCGUGGUUGCGGGGUGGUCGAAUCAUUCUGCUACCCUCUUGACCCCCACCCCGAAAAACAAACCCACACGCCGGCGUCUGGCUACUAUGCAAAUUGCACACUGUAUCCAAGCCUUUGUCGCGUUACUCGUCUUGGCCGCUGUGUUUCAACAAGUCAAAACGGAAGAACCCUCCAACGUCACGUUGUCGUUUGACGGCGCGAGCAGAAUGAAACGAAACACCCCCCGAAGAGGCAGACACGAGCACCACCAUCUCGAGGGCCGGUUCGUUUUGCACGGCAUGCACCCCCCCUACAUGCACGACAGCCCGUUCAUGUUCCCGCCCGGCAGGCACCUGUCUCCGCGCGACAAUCAAAAACUGCUCCAUCACGAGUACCAGCAGUACGAGAUGGCGAAGAAGGACCAAGCAGUCGACUGCUGCCCGUCCGUCCUCGAGAUGGUGGAGCCGGAGGGCGGCAAGAAUGACCAGGACAUCUACGUCGAGCUGUACAAGAGCGAGAACUACAGGCAGAGGUUUUACGAGCUGUCUUGCCAUAAGGAUGUGCUGAACAAACCCUGCCGGUUUAUGGAAAAGAAACUCCACGAACAUUCGAGGUGCAUCCAGAUGCACAGCUACACGUACGCGCUGGUGAAAGACACGCCGGAUCACAGGAAUAAGAACCUGCCCACGUUUCCUGGUCAAGGUGCCGGCAACAACACCUACACGUUGGAUUACAUAAGCGUGCGGAGCGGGUGCAGCUGCGUGGUGAUGCCCAACCAGCCGAAAAAGAAGAGGAACAGGUUGAAACAUAAGCGGAAACACGAGACCGCGGCGCAUGACGAACGAUAAACGCGCGGGUUGGGGUGGGGGUGACGUUAAAUUGACACUAGUGCAGUGAUCCCCAAACGGUCGAGACGUUAUCGAAAAAUACCGACAGGGCGCGCGCGGGCGGACAUUUUUUUUACGUAAGAUAGUUUUUUAUUUAUUGCCAAAGGAUUAUUUGUCAGUGGACUAUACUCGAGUGGUAGUUUUAAAAGAUGCGAGUGCAAGCGGGUGAAAACCGCGUCACAGACGUAAAUAGUUGGUAGCUGUUGUCGUCCGAUUUUUGAGACAUUCCAUUUUUUUUUAUUAAAAAAAAACUCGGGCGCUCAUUUUAAUCAUCGCGAAAGUAUUAUUGUUUUUUUUUCUUGUUUCUAGUCGAAACUCUAGCUAGGAAUGCAACGCGGCUAUUAAGGCACACUUAAUCAAUUAACUGUGGAGCCGAAUUGAUACCAAAAUAGUGACUUGAUUUUCGGAAAAUGUAGUUUUCUGAGCAACAUCUGCUCUGUAUAUAUACAUAAAAAAACAUAAUGGGAAACAACUUGACAACUGGUAUGAAGAGUUUUUUUUACGAACUCCUCUUUUCUCGAUAAUUUUGGAGUCUGUUCCGAAUCUAAGGACCUGAAUAUACAAAAUGAAAAUUAAUUAUGGUUCCUGGCGCUUUAAGUUGAUCCAUUAAGCGACAUCGUAAACAAUUUUGCAGUAUUAAUAAACGAAAAUCGAUCGAUGGUUAGUCAAAAAUGGCGACAAUUUAUAUAAAUAAAUAUGUCACUUCGGUCCACUUGAAUAAAAAAGCCGCGUAUAUUAGACUGAGAAAAUUUUGUAGGUAGCGGUGUAUACUUGCCAUAUAUAGCUUAUAAAUUUACCCACGUAGUUAGUGAUAAAUGAAUCUCCAGUCAACGGAAUCGAAAAUACGUUUUAGCCCACUGUUUUCGAUUUCGGCGACCUCAACCAGCGGUUACCUUACGCCCUGUAUGCGUAAAAUACUCGUCGCCACUUGGAUGGCGUGAAAAAUGUAGAUUUUAUUGAAAUGUUUAUCUCAACAGAACCCUACGUUUACUACGUACGUUACGAUCGAUUCCACCACUUUAUGUAAAUACUCAUUUUGUACUUAUGUAUUUAUUUGUUUUUUUUAAAAUGUAAGCCCCUGGGGCGGCACCGUAAUUUAUUUUUGUAACGCCCUUUUAUACAUUUCAAUAAAACGCCCUCAUUUUAUACCUCACCGAUAAUUUGUACAUACUUUUUUUACAUUUUCGUCCCCCUUUGGUAUCAUGUGAACGUAAUCAAUGUGCAGAAUAUAUUUUUAAAAAAAGUUAAUAAUAAAAAUAAAAUAUUUUAUGUAAAUAUUUACUCGCCUAACGAAAUAAACCAA